AUCCAGUAAAAACGAAUCUACUGAUAGUGGUGACGUCGUAAACAAGAAGAAAAAAAAAAAGCAUCAUGGCGGUAAGUAAUUGUUGCGAGGGAUAAAAAGCGUGAAUAAAAGUAGGGGCUGGGGGUAUGAUGGUAAUUUAAGGGCAUAUUUUUGGUGCUUCCCUUUAAAUGGACCCGAAAAGCGGGAGAGGGAAGUGAGAGAGUGAUGAGUUUGGACCGAAGCUGAAGAAGAAGAAGAUCCACAUUUCAUAAAAUGGCGAUGGCGAAAGAGGGACAAGUGGAGAACCAGAUAGGCUGCAUGGCCGGCUUCCUCCAUAUCUUCGACCGCCCUCUCAUUCUCUCUCCCAAGCGCUUUUCCUCCCCCAGGCGUCUUCCUCUCCCUCUGGACAACUCAGAAAAUCAUCAAAGCAGAUCUUCUACCCCAGAGCUGCGAUCUCCGGCACCGGAACCUCCCAUUCUUGCCCCGGAAAACCUCACCAGAUCGCCCCUCACUCUUCCUAUCAUCGAGUUCAAGGAGGGCUCCAGGUCGCCAUGGAAGUUCUCCAAAGAAGCUCCUAGGCUCUCACUCGAUAGCAGAGCCGUCGUGGAUGCCAAGGGAAGCCUCAAGCCCAGACAGAUCCGUCCUGACUCUGCCAUUCCGCCGCCCAAUCGGCGAGAUACCCCCGAGGGAGAUAGCCAGCGUCGCUCGCCGAGCGUGAUCGCACGCCUCAUGGGGCUGGAACCACUGCCUACUUCAGAUCCUGAACAGCCUCACAAAGCCGAGCUACGGAGAUCUGCGUCCGAAUCCAGGGUUAACAGAGAGUACAGAUUCGUCGAUGGCCUCAAUUUUCAAGUUCAACAAUCCCAAACUCAGCAUAACAGCAUUUCUAGCAUUCCGUUCAGAGAUGAGCAGACCAGUAACGGAGAUGACGACCCUAGGGAGUUCCUCGAAAGAAACACCCGAGCUCAGCCAUCAAGAGCGACGCCGCAGCAAAGAUGCGCCGUCAGACGUAAGAGUUUUUUCGAUUCGACGGAUUUCUUCCCAGAGCCCAAACAGACCGGACCCAUGGCCGGAGAUCUCGAGAAGAGGAUAAGGAUGAGAAGUAUCGACGAGCAUCCGAGCGAUCUGGAAACCCUAAAGCAACUUCUUGAAGCUUUUCGUCUGAAAGGACUGCUUCACUCGUCAAACGGUCAGCAGAACCGAAUCAGCAACAGAAAUUUCGUGUUCGAUAACCGUAAAUCUCCGGUGAAACCAGCUAGAUCUCCAUCUCAUCCUCGCGGGAGCCGCGAUUCGUCUCCUUUCGGUCUCAGAUCUGAAGCUGCAAUUGUAUCGGUGAACCCCAGGAGAGAUCGAGGGGCGAGCUCUUCUGGUCGAGAUCAAAACAGAGGAAGGAGUAGGGUUUCCCCGACGAGAAGUGACAACAGCACGAAGAGUCCGAAUAGGAGAGUAGCGUCGAAGGGGCCACCCGAACAUCAUGGGCGAGUCUCUCCGGCUCAGUCUCCGAAGAUCGUUACAUGGGGGAGAUCUGAACCAGUCCAGACGACAGAACGCACAAACAGGGGCGGAGCCAUCCUGGAUGAGGAAGACGAAUGCUUCUCCAUGGUUUCCAGGAGUAGAUCUCAAGCGGAUGAAGAGAGAUGGAAGGUGGAGGAGUAUAACACAGAAGGGAAGAGUCUAUUAGAGAGAUGCGAGAAGCUGCUCCACAGCAUCGCGGAGAUGACAGCAGCUGCGGCGGAGGCCACCGAGUCGCAACCGAGUCCCGUCUCGGUUCUUGACUCGUCGCUUUACCACGAGGAGUCUUCUCCAUCGCCCGUCAUGAAACGCAGCCUUGAAUUCACGGAGCAACCAACUGAAUCGGAGGACGAAGCGUGGGGCUCCUCGGUCAAAUCGGAGGACUCCCAGUUGAUAUACAUCUCCGACGUCCUCUGGGCCUCCGAUUACCUCCCCCAACACUGUGACAUCUUCUCGACGCUGGAAAAACAACAGUGUCUCAAGGGCAAAUCUGCGACUCUGGAGAGACGUCUCACAUUCGACACCGUCCAGGAAAUCAUCAGCAGGAGACGGCGGUUGCCACCGUGGAUAGCCAUGGGAGAAAUUUCACUGCAGCAGAUAUGGUCCGAGUUUCAGAAGAUGAGAGACAGAAGCUCCUCCUCUUCCUCCGCCAGGGAAGAAGAGGACGACCUGGCAGGUGUGGUGUGCGGCGCACUGAGAAGAGACCUGGCGGAAGAGGCGUGGAACCAGGUAGAGGUGUCAGAGGCGGUGCUUGACAUCGAGCGCCUCGUUUUUAAAGAUCUGAUCGGCGAACUCUUUCGCAUCUCUUAGGCUGUAACGCCGCUGCGAAGGAGGUUGGUUUUCUUCUAUUAGACAUUUGUAACUUGUAAUCCCUCAAAAAAAAUUUCAUUGCUGUGUUGUGGCUGUCGUCCCUUUUGGGACAUAAAGGAUGGAGGCUUAAAGGAA